CCUCCCGGCCAGCCGCAGCGGGCACGGGCAGCCGGGGCUGCCCGCCUGCCUCCCCCGGGGUCGACUGGCCGCGGUCCCGCCUCGCCGAUCCCUCACGCGGGCGCUCGUAGCUGCGGGUGGGAGCGGGGGCCCCUCACAGCCUCCUCCAUCUUAGCGGCCGCCGCCAUCUUGGGCCCGGCGCACGGGCGGCCCAGCGGGACGAGGGGUGCCGGGCAGGACCCACCCGGCGGGACCGGAGGUAGCGGGCAGGAUCCACCCGACGGGACCGAAGGUGCCCGGGCAGGACCCACUCGGUGUCUGGCAGCCCCCGCGGUGACGGGAACACAGCCAGCUCCGGGGGGUGUUCGGCUCAUAUCCCCCCGCCCCCCUUGGGCUCAGGGCCCGCUCCCACUGCAACAGGCUGCCCCCUCAUCCCCGGCCUGUUCCGGGAACACCCGAGCAGCCCUUGGCACGCUUCGGAACUCUUCGUGUGUCCGCCGGGAACACCCGAGCGGUGCUCGGCACUCUUCGGAACUUUACGUGCGCCCGCCGGGGAAACCCGAGAGCGGCCACCGCCGCCGAUGGGAUUCGGGCAUCUCCGGACAGGCCCCAGAGCACUUCGGUUGUGUCCGGAAUGCGGCCCAGCAGUUCCGGCGGUGGCCGAUAAACAGCCAUUGGCCGCGCCGCGCGGGGCUGGGCUGGAAGUGUGGGCGGGCGACGUCACUUCCGGAGAGUGACGGAGCGGCGGGUCAGAGGCGGCAGCAAAAUGGCGGCGCCUGAGGAACGGGAGCUGACGGCGGAACAGACCGAGAAGCUACUGCAGUUCCAGGACUUGACUGGCAUAGAGUCCAUGGACCAAUGUCGCCACACACUGGAGCAGCACAACUGGAACAUAGAGGCAGCUGUGCAGGACCGACUGAACGAGCAAGAGGGUGUCCCAAGUGUCUUUAAUCCUCCUCCCCUGCGGCCGUUGCAGGUCAAUACAGCUGACCACAGGAUCUACAGCUACGUUGUCUCAAGGCCACAGCCAAGGGGCCUGUUAGGAUGGGGUUACUACUUCAUAAUGCUUCCAUUCCGAUUUACCUAUUACACGUUACUUGAUAUAUUUAGGUUUGCUCUGCGUUUUAUACGCCCUGAUCCUCGUAGUCGGGUCACCGACCCAGUGGGUGACAUUAUUUCGUUUAUUCAUAUGUUUGAGGAAAAAUAUGGGAGGAUACACCCAGUCUUCUACCAGGGGACUUACAGCCAGGCCCUGAACGAUGCCAAGCGGGAGCUGCGCUUCCUGUUGGUUUAUCUUCAUGGGGAUGACCACCAGGACACAGAUGAGUUCUGCCGCAAUACACUGUGUGCACCUGAGGUCAUCACCCUCAUCAACACUAGAAUGCUCUUCUGGGCUUGCUCAACCAAUAAACCAGAGGGAUACAGAGUGUCGCAGGCCCUGCGGGAGAACACGUACCCGUUCCUGGCCGUGAUCAUGCUCAAGGACCGCAGGAUGACCGUGGUUGGGCGGCUGGAAGGCCUCAUCCAGGCUGAUGACCUCAUCAAUCAGCUGAUGUUCAUCAUGGAUGCCAACCAGACAUACCUGGUGUCCGAGCGCCUGGAAAGGGAAGAGAGGAACCAAACCCAAGUCCUGAGGCAGCAGCAGGACGAGGCAUAUCUGGCAUCCUUGCGUGCAGACCAGGAAAAGGAGCGCAAGAAGAAGGAGGAAAGGGAGAGGAAGAAGAAGAAGGAGGAGGAAGUGCAGCAGCAAAAACUGGCAGAGGAGAGGCGGCGGCAGACACUGCAGGAGGAGAAGGAGCGGAAGUCGGAAUGCCUUCCUCCAGAACCGCAUCCCGACGACCCGGAGAGCGUCAAGAUCAUUUUCAAGCUGCCUAAUGAUUCCAGAGUGGAGCGGCGAUUCCACUUCACACAGUCAUUGACGGUGAUCCACGACUUCCUGUUCUCCUUGAAAGAAAGCCCUGAGAAGUUCCAGAUUGAGGCCAACUUCCCUCGCCGUGUCCUGCCCUGCCUCCCUACAGAGGAGUGGCCCAACCCCCCCACGCUGCAGGAGGCGGGACUCAGCCACACGGAAGUCCUCUUUGUGCAGGACCUCACGGACGAUUGACACUUCUUUUUGGUUUUGUUUUUGUUUGUUUUGUUGUUCCGUUUGGUUUUUUUGUUUUGUUUUGUUUUUUUUGUUUUUUUUUUCCAGAAGACACAAAACUGAAAGAGAAAUUCAUAUUAUUAUUAUAAUACAAUAUUUUUUUUAAAAGACUGCGUACAAACGAGGGAUCAGAGACCACAUGGCCUGUGCCAGCUGUGCUGCGUGCGUGCGCUGGCGAGAGGACGCGUGCGCACGGCCAUCCCCUGCACGGGGGGCACACGGGGGGAGCUGGUGUUGCCCCUCCGCCCUCCCUGGGGAGGAACAGGAAUGGCAGCUCUUGGUAAUUAUUGCUUUUAUUGAUGACAAUAAUAAUAAAACCCCGGCAACCCAACAUCUUGUGAAGAUUUGAUACUCUGCUGCUCCUGAGAGACACAAGACCGAGCACCGGAACGUGCUGGGAUUGGGGUGGGGGGAAAGGGCUGGACAGACUCUCUUCAGCUUCCCUCUGUGUAUAAAUACUGUUCUUUUAAUAUUUCUCUUGCUUUGUAAUGACCAAAGGAGAUUGGGGUUGACUAUAGUAUUAACUUUUUGAUAAAGAGCUGGUUCGAUUCUUACCCAUGUGGGGCCUUGCCCAGGGUUCUUAGCCUGCGUAGUGUAAUAAACUCUGCCUCUAGCA